AAUGUAUAGGAUAAAAAUAGUCGUAAAAUGUUUUCAUCCGUUUGAUUUCUUUCAUGCAAUGUGAAAUGUGAACGUUUCUCUUGCGUAUUGCAAUAUUGUAUUCUUGAUUUAUGAAAUAUAUAAUUUUGCCAAUAAAAUUUGUUUUUAUUUCAUACAUAAAACUGUAAGAUGUUAAAGCCAUGGCUUAUGUUGUUGCUACUAUUUCUUGUACUGAUAAGAUGUUAUUUAUGUAGAAGAAAUGUUUUGUUUACUCUGCCUCGGAGAAAAUCAAAUGAUUUGUAUAGAAAAAGUAAAACUGUAUUCACAGCAUUGAGUAAUUAUGAAAUAGAUUCAACACCGGUUGCGGAAAAAAGAUAUAAAUGGAUAGCGAGGGUGGUACACUCUAGAAAUUACAACUACCCGCACAUGUGUACUGCUGUGUGUAUAGAUACACGGAUAUUUAUAACUGCCGCUGCUUGUAUAUCCACAUUAAAAGUGGUUCAAACAUCAAUAAUAUAUCAAUAUGGCCGCCUUCAUGCAAUAGCUUUUGUUGUACCAUCUAAUGGUUCGCAGCAAGCGUUCGACGAUAUUGGUUUUAUAAUUGUUGUAAAAGAUAAUGCUAUGAAAUGGCGAACGAUAGGUUUAUUUGAUACAGUUAACCGAACUGAUGAUAAUUUUGAAUGGUUCGCACAAAUAUUUAAUAAUGAUGAAAUUGAACAUAAAGUUGUGGGAUACACAGUACCAAAGAUUAUACACCAUCUUGUAAUACCGGACAAACAAUUUUAUCUAACAGAAUUACCAGUUGUGGUCAACAUAAAUCUCUGCCCAUCAAUAUUGACGUUCAAUAAUCUUAUAUCUGGUUUCUACUCUCCAUGCUACCAUUCCUGUUCGGUCCCAGAUUAUGAAAUGGGUGCGAAAUCUUGCGCAUCUUAUCACGGUGUGGAGGGCGCUGCUGUGUUCAAUGUUGCCAGUAACAAAUUGCUUGGUGUUGCCACCUGGGGACCGACUAAUAUGAAACCAUUGCCAGUUGGUUUUGCUGUGCCAAACUCAGAGAACUUUUUCGAAGAUUACAAUUGCGCUAAGCGGAUACGUGAUGAUAAAAGUAAUCAUGAAUCAGGAUACCAGAAACUUUGUGAUUAACAUUAUAAAUAAAAAUCAUUUAGGUAUAGGAGUAGUUAUUGAAUAAAGACCAAAUAAUGAGACAUUCAACUGACUUCACUCAGUUAUUCAUUUUUGCAAUAGUAUAAAUGAACAUUGGCUAAGGUUGGGUGCUUGUAUGAACUAA